GGCCGCCUCGUCCGGAGAGUGCACGUUCUGUUUUCCUCCGAUUAGUUUUACGUUCCUCGGCAUCACGCGGGUGAAACGCGUCGCGGCCGAUUCCAUCCGCAUCGCGGGGCCGAUAGCAGUAGCCAUAGCAAUAGAGGCAAAUCCGUGAUGGAGAAGAGCGCGGACAGUUUAUUGUUUCGCGCGGAGAGGAACAAUGGAGCCGAUGACACGGCGAUGAGCAUCGUCGGGGUAGACGAACGUGUCGCUAUCCUGGACGCUGGCGCCCAAUAUGGAAAGGUGAUAGACCGUAAAGUCCGAGAACUCAGCGUUCACAGUGAGAUCUUGCCUCUCGACACACCUGCAUUUACCUUAAAGGAAAAAGGCUACAAAGCGAUCAUCAUCUCCGGAGGACCAAGUUCGGUUUAUGCAGAGGAUGCCCCGCGGUACGAUGCCGAUAUUUUUCGAAUAGGCAUUCCUGUGUUAGGAAUCUGCUAUGGCAUGCAAAUGAUGAACAAAGAGUUCGGAGGCACCGUGAUACGAAAAGAGGGCCGAGAGGAUGGACAAUUCCCUAUCGAGAUAGAUCCCAAGUGCCUUCUCUUCAAGGGCUUGGAGAAAGAUCAGAUGGUCCUGCUGACCCACGGCGACAGUAUAGACAGGGUCGCAGACUGCUUUCGCACCACUGCCAAGUCGUCAAAUUUUAUCGCGGGUAUCGCCAGCGAUAAAAUGAACCUCUACGGAGUGCAAUUCCACCCCGAAGUGGACCUUACCCUGAACGGGAAAGCGAUGCUGCAUAAUUUCCUCUUCGGCGUCGCAGGCCUUACGGGGAACUACACCCUCCGAGGCCGCGAGGACCAGUGCAUCCAAUACAUCAGAGAUACCGUUGGCAGCAACAAAGUCUUGCUGCUGGUGAGCGGGGGUGUGGACUCGACGGUGUGCGCGGCGCUGCUGCACAAGGCCCUGAGCAAGGAGCAGGUGGUAGCCCUGCACAUCGACAACGGAUUCAUGCGCAAAGGAGAGACUCCGUUCGUGGAGCAGAGCUUGGCUCAGCUGGGGAUCAAGCUGAGGGUUGUCAAGGCCGCGCACAGCUUCAUGCAGGGCACGACGACGGUGCCGAUGGACACGGUGGUGCCCGCGAGCAACGCCAACGCCGCGAACAACAAGGGCGUCAGCGUCACCGGGGGUCCGAGGACCAGGCUGACAAAGAUGCUGUGCGCGACCACGCAGCCCGAGGAGAAGCGCAAGAUCAUCGGGGAUGUGUUCGUUAGGGUGGCCAACGAGGCCAUGACCGAGAUGGGCCUGAGGCCCGAGGAGGUCUUCCUGGGCCAGGGCACCCUCAGGCCCGACCUCAUCGAGAGCGCCAGCUCCAUGGCCAGCGGUAAGGCCGACGCGAUAAAGACGCACCACAACGACAGCGAGCUCGUCAGGCAGCUGCGGGCCCAGAGACGGGUGGUGGAGCCCUUAAAGGACUUCCAUAAGGACGAAGUCAGACAGCUGGGAUGCGAUCUCGGGUUACCGGCUCCUCUGGUCGCGCGUCAUCCCUUUCCCGGUCCGGGACUCGCGAUACGCAUCCUCUGCGCGGACGAGCCCUACAUGGACAAGGACUUCUCGGAAACGCAGGUGAUAGUCAAAAUAAUGGCGGAGUACGAGCAAAUGCUACAGAAGAAGCACGCACUCUUGAAUCGGGUGGAAGGCGCCACCAGCGAGAACGAGCGACAGCAUCUCCGGCGGGUGUCGAGUCACCGUCAUCUGGCCGCGACGCUUCUUCCGGUUCGCAGCGUCGGGGUCCAGGGCGACCGGAGGAGUUACAGUUACGUGGUGAGUCUAUCCACCGAGGAGACCGCCACGGAGGGCGUCGUCUGGGAGGACAUGAUGUUCCUGGCCAGACUCAUCCCCAGAGUCUGCCACAACGUAAACCGCGUGUGCUACGUCUUCGGGCCGAUGGUCCAACACCCGGUGACGGACAUCACCCCGACCCACCUCACCUCCAAUGUGAUCGCCACCCUGAGGCAGGCCGACCACCUAGCCAACCAGGUCCUGGCGUCCAACGGUUGCAUGGGGGCCAUCAGUCAGAUGCCGGUCAUCCUGAUCCCGGUGCACUUCGACCGGGACGCCGCUUCCAGGGCUCCCUCGUGCCAGAGAUCGGUCGUCCUCAGGCCGUUCUGCUCUCGCGACUUCAUGACCGGCACCCCGGCGAUUCCUGGCAACGAGCUGCCACUCCAUGUGGUGAAGAAAAUGGCAGCGGAGAUACUGACGGUGCCCGGAAUUUCGCGCGUUCUUUACGACCUGACGUCGAAACCGCCGGGCACCACCGAAUGGGAGUAGUGAACCCUUUCCAGCCUCGUUACUCGGCCCUUUCUAUAUUUUUUCACCAUCCUUGCGCGUAAACGACUACGAAGGAAAAGUAAAAGCAAGACAACAAAAACAAACUAUAUUUAAAAAAUAUAUAUAGAUAUAUAUAUAUAUAUAUUACAAAAAGACGUACCAAUGCGAGGCCUAUGACUUCUUGAACCAGACCGCGGGAUCGCCCUUGAUGAGGCGAUAUUCGUUCUCUCCGUCUUUACUUUUUUUUUUUUUCGUUAAAAUCUUGGAAAUUCGAGAUCUUUCGCAUCUUUUUUCUUUCCCUCGCGUUUCGCUGGAAAGUCCGAGAGAGAGAAAAAUAGCAUACCCGGAAAAGUUGUAGACGAGAAGUUCCCGAGCCCCGGCAUUCGUACGCGCACGAGUCGCGCCUAGGAACCGCGAAGCAAAUUAACGGAAAGGGGGAAAAAAUGUGUUCGAUAAAGGCCGACGAAGGUAAGUAUAUCACGUUUGCUUGUAAAUACGUUCUCAUUGGUUAUAGCCCCGACGCUCUGUAAAGAUACGAGUACAUAAUAUUAAUUUAUAACUAUUGUAGGGAGCUCCUCGAGGGUCGUCUCGCUCGAGCACUCGGGACUCCGGAUGCCGAAUCGAUCGACCGAGGCAGUCGCCGAACGGUCGGAAUGAUAUUAUUCUCUUCGCGAGAUUUCCAGACGGAAGGGAGUGGCGGAAACGAACCUUGGAGUCCGGUCGAUAAGGCAUCCCGGAGUUUUGAGAUGGCCGAGUGCCCGGUCGCCUACUUUGCAUAACCCCGUGGAUCCGCGAGGUAGAAGACGAAGGUCGCAUUGUACCAACCGAGAGCACGGGACAUAGUUAAAUAGUUUAUUUUCGCUGCGACGAGAUAGGGAAACGCGCGCUGUAAAAAUAUGAAUACAUAAUUUAGGGGAGAGACGUCCCCGAAGACCAACGCCGAAACUCUCUGCCUGCGAACCCGUGAACCGAGGUGCGCCUCGUAGGUACGUAGGUAGAGGAAGGAAACGGAUGAGUGGCGUGUAAAUGAAGACGGGAGAAUCAGGAGAGAGGAAGUAAGCAAAGGGAACGGCGAGGACAGGGUCGAAGGAUUGGCUGGGAGAGACGAUUCCGCGGAACCGGGCGGGCUUUAGGAAAGGGGUGGGAACGAUGGAAAAUAUUUACGUGUUAAAUUAUUUAACGAACGGGCAGCUGGAAAAGAAGGGGGCAGGUUAUUCGCGAUGGGUAUAGACGUAAGGGCGGCAUUUCAUUCGAUUAAUAGGGGAGGAGUUGCGGACGACGAAGGAGGAUAAGGAGGGUAAAGAAAAUAUCUAGGGAAACGAAGAGUGGGGGAGGAGGCAGGGAUGUCCGUUGAGCCCGGUUGUGUUUAACCUAUUAAUUAAUUCGU